CAGUGAAAUGUCCUUACUUUCAUCAAGUCUUAAGCAGCUUUUAGAAACUGAAGUUCAAAAUUGGAACAGUGCUGUUGUAUUUUUAAAAAGGAAGAAAAAUCUGGUAUUUAAUUGCAGCUUUUACUAAAGUUUGUUUUUUUUUUUAAUUCACUCUCUUCUAUCAUCUGUUUUACUUCUACACCUACCACUGACUUCCUGCAGCCCAAGUUAGAUGGGUUUUUUUCACAUUCAGUCCCUAGCACUCUCUUCCCACAUACCAAGAGCAUAUAAAAUGUAAAUAAAUCCUGAACAAAGAAACAUCAACCCUCAUCUCCUCCAGAAUUUAAUACAAUAUAAUGUUAGUUCUAUAGAUCUUGCCGGAAAGACUCACUGCAAGUUAGAGCAGCAGCAGUGGGAACAGUCCCAGGAAGUUCUGUCUUGCCCUAGGCUAAUAACUAGCACCAACAUUUUCCACUUGGCUCUGUAGCUGUGAGGAGUAGCUAUGGAUGAUCCUGAGAGGAAGACUGAAGUAGUACUGCUUGCCUGUGGGUCCUUCAAUCCCAUUACCAACAUGCAUCUCAGGCUGUUUGAGCUGGCUAAAGACUACUUCCAUGGAACAGGAAAAUACAAAGUAAUCAAAGGGAUCAUUUCACCAGUAGGUGAUGCAUAUAAGAAGAAAGGUCUGAUCAGUGCGAAUCACCGAGUGACUAUGGCAAAACUAGCAACAGAAACCUCGGAUUGGGUGGAAGUUGAUGAGUGGGAAAGCAGCCAGAGUGAGUGGUUGGAAACACUAAAAGUUUUAAGGUACCAUCAUCAAAAGCUUUUAUCUCCUGAUCCUACUAAUAGUCUGCAGAAUGCUGUUCCUUUAACAAAGCCAGGACGGAAGAGGAAACAGGAACCAAACAGACAUGACCCCGUUAAAAAGAAAAAUCAGAGUCCAGAUAUAAAAAGUGUCCCACAGGUUAAACUGCUUUGUGGAAGUGACAUGCUGGAAUCUUUUGGGAUCCCAAAUCUGUGGAAGUUGGAGGACAUCACUGAAAUUGUGGAAAAUCAUGGCCUUGUAUGCAUCAGUAGGGCUGGAAACAACGUUCAGAAAUUCAUCUAUGAAUCUGAUAUUUUGUGGAGACAUAGGAAUAACAUUCAUCUUGUGGAAGAAUGGAUCACGAAUGACAUUUCCUCCACCAAGAUUAGAAGAGCACUGCGGAGGGGUCAGAGCAUUCGCUACCUUGUGCCUGAUGUGGUUCAAGCAUACAUAGAAAAACAUGAUCUGUACAGUACAGAGAGUGAAGAUAGGAAUGCUGGGGUUGUCCUGGCCCCCUUACAGAAAUAUGCAAGUCAUUCCAAGAACUAACAGACACUAUACAACUUAAUUUCUCCUGUGAAAGAAGCUUCAGUACAUUAAAAUGUGUUUUCUAGGGCUUGGGUUUUGUUUGGUUUGAGUUGCCUUCCUUUCAUAUAUGCAGCCUGUUCAUCUGCCAUUAUAUGAUUUAGUCCCAGAAAUGCCUUUUGCUUUAUUUUUCCACUCCUGUUUCCAGAGCUGGAUGUUAAGCUCAGCAUUGUUUCUUACGGAAAGACAGACUGAUUUACAGCCAUCAAUUUAAUUGAUAGAAAUUAGUAUCAGUAUCAUUGCACUGAUUCUGGGACAAUUGUCCCUUUAUUUAAAAUUAUAAAUGAGCUUUUACAUUUAAGCCAAAUGUAUAUAGCUAGAAUUGUUUUCUGUAACUGGAGUUGAGCAGAAAUGGUAGGAUAUUAAGACUGUACAUAAGUGAAAUGUUUUUCUUUGCUAGAAAGAUUUGGUUUUGAAGCUAACAGUAUAUUGCCUGUAUUAUGUGAAAAAAAAAACCCUGGAGAGGCACUGUGAAUGUCAUGGUGAUAGCAUUCUACCUCUCUUUAUUUGCCACCAUCCCAUUUUUCUUUGCAUUUUGUGUCUUAUUAAAAAUGUCCAGGUUUCCAAGAUGCUACAUCAAGAACCAAUAGCUUUUUCAUACGCUCUCUGUGACUCUUCACAUUUUUCAGAUCAACAAAUCCAGUGAAUGUGAGACUGUCAGGGCAGGAAGCCUAGAUGCUGUUGGGCAAGGCUAGAAUCAGGGACAUGUUCCAGAAUCGUAACUGUGACAACUUGUCAUCCUCCUUCUCUGGGCAGGGGAUCCCCAAAGAGCUGAGGCAGAGGUCUAGGCUUCCCUAGGAGCUUAGGGGGAGACUGGAAGCUGGAUGCUAAACACAGAACAUCAAGGGUGGCACUAGGGCCUCCAAGGCUCAUACAAAACCCAGCAGGAGAGUUGAGACACUCAAGAAAAGCUGUAACCUGUGGUGAAGCUAGUGUCAGGCAUGAAAACUUGGAGCCCCACAUGAAAUUCUGCAGCUACCAUAAACUAGAACAUCUGUGUUCUGCUAGUUCCAGCCUAUUACGGUGGCUCUCUACAGAAGAUCUACAAGGAGAUGAGUGUAAUAAAACUGCACUGUGACAGAAAGUGGCAUCAAGAAUUCUUGGGUUUUUUUCUUGGUCUUUCCUGCAUCAAAUGUGCUCAGUUUGCCAUUUUCCCCCCUCGAGCUCAGGCAAGCUUACACUGCACCUCGCUAACGAGGCUGAGUUGAUUUAUCAUCAGUUGUAAUAAAGGUACUGAAGCAUAAAUUGUACCCCCUGUGACACCUCAGCAAUCAAACUGCUAUAACUGAUUGAGGGUAACUGUCAUAUUGAUGGUGUGUAGGAAAGGACAACACCUGCUUUUCUCUUUCGUUCACUCUGUCUUUACCACUGAGAAUAGAGGGCAAGACAUUUAUUGUCAGCCCUCAAGUCAACCAGUGUGCUUCUGAAUAAACACCAGAUCUUUCUAAUGGGAAAGCACCCUAUUAAUGUGGUCACUUUUCAGAGUAAAACUGCACUUUAAGUCUAGGUUUAUUAUCUAAAUAAUGAUGCCGGUGUGUGUUGAUAUACUUUGUGUAAUUCCAGAGAAGAUGCAAAUUCAAUAGGAUGCUUUAUAAAGCUUUGGUCUUCAAACAGUUAUAUCUUACUGGGUUUUAAUGUAGUUAUGGGUAUGUAUUUCUAUAGUGUGAUGGGUCUUAAAAUAAAAUAAAUUGCAAGUAACACGCUAA